CAGCAGCAGCAGCAGCAGCAGCAGCAGCCUCAGCAGCAUCUUCAGCAGCAGCAGCAGCAGCAGCAGCCUCAGCAGCACCUUCAGCAGCAGCAGCAGCAGCAGCCUCAGCAGCAUCUUCAGCAGCAUCUUCAGCAGCAGCAGCAGCAGCCUCAGCAGCAUCUUCAGCAGCAGCAGCCUCAGCAGCAUCUUCAGCAGCAGCAGCAGCUUCAGCAGCAUCUUCAGCAGCAUCUUCAGCAGCAUCUUCAGCAGCAGCAGCAGCAGCCUCAGCAGCACCCUCAGCAGCAGCAGCAGCAGCAGCAGCAGCAGCCUCAGCAGCAUCUUCAGCAGCAGCAGCAGCAGCAGCAGCCUCAGCAGCACCUUCAGCAGCAGCAGCAGCAGCAGCCUCAGCAGCAUCUUCAGCAGCAUCUUCAGCAGCAGCAGCAGCAGCCUCAGCAGCAGCAGCAGCAGCAGCAGCAGCACUGA